AAUUGCCCCUCUGCCGACACUUGAUAUGAUCAUCUUUACUCUCUCAUCUUACAAGCAAGCUUGUUCCUCAUUUUGAUCUCAUAGUAUCCCCAAUCAUGCCUCUCUGCCUCCAUCUUUAUUCCAAUGACUUAUCUUACUUUUAUGGUGAGAUGCCCAGUGGAACAAGAACAACAACUGAAACUAUUGUUAUUCCAAGCUCCAGGGCUCAACAAGACGAAGACAAAGGUCAGACUUCUUCUUUAGCACCUUUCAAAUCUAAUUAUGAAAAGCUUCCUCAUUAUCUCAAAUCCUGCUUAGAUUAUUGUUAUGUUGUUUCCAAGAAAUGUUCUAGGGGUAUGACUAAAGGAGAAGUAGUUCGGCUUUUGUUGGCUCAAGGUCUAAUACCAGAAAAACCAGGGGAAAUCAUGGAGGAUACAGCAGAAAAUAUUAUUAACGAAUUAAUUGGCUUAGAGAUGCUUCAUGAAUGUUAUCCUUUUAAAACUGAAAUAAAAGUCUCCGAAUUCUAUGAAAAAUCAUGCCUUUUGGAAGUUGAGGAGGAGCAAGAUUUCGUUUCUAAAGCUGCCGAUUCGCCAAUCCAUGCAUGUAUUAUUGAUUUUGGAGAAGACCUGCCUCCUAACUUCAAAAGCCUUCUAAUUCGAUCCUUGAUUAUUGAAUCCUAUUCUCCGCCGCGUUGGCAAACCAUCUGUGGGUUGCAGUUUCUGUUGGUAUUGAAGUUGAUGAGCCUAGUAGAGUACUUACCUGAUGAAGUGGGAGAUUUGGUUCACCUCAAGUAUUUAUGCUUGAACUGCAAAGAUAUGAAGACGCUUCCACCUACUAUAGCUAAUCUUCAAAAGCUACAAACCUUGCAUCUAGCUAGUUGUUCAAAGCUAUUCCAAGUACCUGUAGAAAUUUAUAAUAUUAAACAGCUUCGGCACCUUUUGGUUGUCGGUCCCGACGGAUAUAUUGAUGGAAUUAGAGUUCCAAGAGGUAUUGGUACAUUGGCAAAUCUUCAGACUUGCACUGGUAUCUGUUCUGGUCCUGGCAUUGCUAGUGAAUUGAGUAGUUUGACCCAACUGCGAAAACUUUAUGUUCACGAAGUGUCUGAUGAUCAUGCUGGUGAGCUAUUUGCAUCCAUCAUAAAACUGGAAAACCUUGUUUCCCUGAAACUAGUUGCAGAAGAAAACAGGCCGGUCACACUUCUACCUGAAUUGGAACCAUUUUCUCCUCCACCUCAUCUUCAAGAGCUUAUUUUACGUGGUGGUCUAGUUGAAAUGCCCAAUUGGCUUCCCUCUGUUGAAAACCUAACCAUUCUAGAACUAUGUUAUUCUAAUCUCUUGGAGGAGCCAUCUUCAGUUCUUCAAUAUCUUCCCAAAUUAAAACAUCUUGUACUUUGGGAAGCCUACAAAGCAAAGCUCAUUGGUAAAAAGUUUUGCGAUGUAGGUGGAUUUCCGGAGCUGGAAACUUUGAUAAUUUCUUCAAAGAAUCUAGUGGACUGGACGGAAAUUGUAAAUGGUGCUUUUCCAAGUUUGAGGUGCCUUCGAUUUUAUGGUUGUAGGAAGUUGAGGUUUUUGCCUGAAGGAUUACAGAACAUUUCUACGAUUCAAGAGUUGUUUGUUUUUUAUUUGCAUGCAGACCUUGCAAGGAGAUUGAAUGGUAAAGAAAAUUACAAGAUCAAACAUAUUUCAAAAUUUCAUUGGUUCUUGGAAAUUUUCUGAGGAAGUCACUAGAAGAAGCAAGAAUUAUUAUUUACUUGUUUGACACUACGAUUCUCUAGUGCCCCAUCAAUACAGGUAAAAAUAUCCAUAUUUUAGGAUUUAAGACGAUAGAAAAUAAUAGUAUUUUCUUUGUAAAAUCUUUAAAGAUUCAGGAUGAUGGAAUUGCUACUAUUUUUUUGGUUUUGGAUUA